CGCGCACCUCGCACCAUGAGAUGGCGACGCGCCCCGCGCCGCCUCGGGCGUGCCGGCCCCCGCGCCCCGCGCUCCGGCCCCGCCGCCCGCUCGCCGCCGCUGCUGCUGCCGCUGCUCCUGCUGGGGACCGCGGCCCUGGCGCCGGGGGCGGCGGCUGGCGACGAGGCGGCCCCCGUGGGGGCCUCCGUGUGCUACUCGUCCCCGCCCAGCGUGGGCUCGGUGCAGGAGCUGGCUCAGCGCGCCGCGGUGGUGAUCGAGGGAAAGGUGCACCCGCCGCGGCGGCAGCAGGGGGCACUCGACAGGAAGGCGGCGGCGGCGGCGGCGACAGGGGCGAGGGGCGGCGAGCGAGUGCCGCCCGCCUCGGGCCCCGGGGCGCUGGGGCCGCCCGCCGCCAACGGGACGGCGCUCCCUUGGCCCACGGCCCCCGUGCCCAGCGUCCGCAGGCCGGGGGAGGAGCAGGAGGAGGAGGAGGCGCCCUAUCUGGUGAAGGUGCACCAGGUGUGGGCAGUGAAAACCGGGGGCUUGAAGAAGGACUCGCUGCUCACCGUGCGCCUGGGGACCUGGGGCCACCCCGCUUUCCCCUCCUGCGGGAGGCUCAAGGAGGACAGCAGGUACAUCUUCUUCAUGGAGCCCGAUGCCAACAGCAGCAGCCGCGCUCCGGCCGCUUUCAGAGCAUCUUUCCCUCCUCUUGAGACGGGCCGGAACCUGAAGAAGGAGGUCAGCCGGGUGCUGUGCAAGCGGUGCGCCUUGCCUCCCCGGUUGAAAGAGAUGAAAAGUCAAGAGUCAGCGGCAGGCUCCAAACUAGUGCUUCGGUGUGAAACCAGUUCUGAAUACUCCGCUCUUAAGUUCAAGUGGUUCAAGAAUGGGAAUGAGUUAAACCGAAAAAACAAACCACAAAACAUCAAGAUACAAAAAAAGCCAGGGAAGUCAGAACUCCGCAUCAACAAAGCAUCACUGGCUGAUUCUGGAGAAUAUAUGUGCAAAGUGAUCAGCAAAUUAGGAAAUGACAGUGCUUCUGCCAAUAUCACCAUUGUUGAUGCAAAUGAGGUCAUCACUGGCAUGCCAGCCUCCACUGAACGAGCAUAUGUAUCUUCAGAGUCUCCUAUUAGAAUAUCAGUAUCAACAGAAGGAGCAAAUACUUCUUCAUCUACAUCUACAUCUACCACUGGGACAAGCCAUCUCGUGAAGUGUGCGGAGAAGGAGAAAACAUUCUGUGUGAAUGGUGGCGAGUGUUUCAUGGUGAAAGACCUUUCAAACCCCUCAAGAUACUUGUGCAAGUGCCCAAAUGAGUUUACUGGUGAUCGCUGCCAAAACUACGUAAUGGCCAGCUUCUACAAGCAUCUUGGGAUUGAAUUUAUGGAAGCGGAGGAGCUCUACCAGAAGAGAGUGCUGACCAUAAGUGGCAUCUGCAUCGCUCUGCUGGUGGUCGGCAUUAUGUGUGUGGUGGCCUACUGCAAAACCAAGAAACAGCGGAAAAAGCUUCACGACAGGCUUCGGCAGAGUCUUCGGUCGGAAAGGAACAACAUGGUGAACAUAGCAAACGGGCCACACCAUCCUAACCCACCCCCCGAGAACGUUCAGCUGGUGAACCAAUACGUGUCCAAAAACGUCAUCUCCAGUGAGCAUAUUGUGGAGAGAGAAGCCGAGACAUCUUUUUCUACCAGUCAUUAUACCUCAACCACUCAUCACUCCACCACUGUCACCCAGACUCCUAGUCACAGCUGGAGCAACGGACACACAGAAAGCAUUCUUUCGGAAAGCCACUCUGUCAUUGUGAUGUCAUCAGUAGAAAACAGUAGGCACAGCAGCCCCAGUGGGGGCCCAAGAGGACGCCUUAAUGGCCUGGGAGGCCCUCGCGAAUGUAACAGCUUCCUCAGGCAUGCCAGAGAAACCCCUGACUCCUACCGAGACUCUCCUCAUAGCGAAAGGUAUGUGUCAGCCAUGACCACCCCGGCUCGUAUGUCACCUGUAGAUUUCCACACGCCAAGCUCCCCCAAAUCGCCCCCUUCGGAAAUGUCUCCACCCGCGUCGAGCAUGACGGUGUCCAUGCCCUCCAUGGCGGUCAGCCCCUUUGUGGAAGAAGAGCGACCUCUCCUUCUUGUGACACCACCAAAGCUGCGGGACAAGAAGUACGAUCAUCACCCUCAGCAGUUCAGUAACUUCCAUCACAACCCUGCACAUGAGAGUAACAGCCUCCCCCCUAGCCCCUUGAGGAUAGUGGAGGAUGAGGAGUAUGAGACCACCCAGGAGUACGAACCAGCUCAAGAGCCUGUUAAGAAACUCGCCAAUAGCCGGCGGGCCAAAAGAACCAAGCCCAAUGGCCACAUUGCCAACAGGUUGGAAUUGGACAGCAAUACAAGCUCUGAGAACAGUAACUCAGAGAGUGAAACAGAAGAUGAACGCGUAGGUGAAGAUACACCUUUCCUGGGUGUACAGAACCCCCUGGCAGCCGGCCUGGAGGCAGCACCUGCCUUCCGCCUGUCUGACAGCAGGACUAACCCGGCAGGCCGCUUCUCAACACAGGAAGAAUUGCAGGCCAGGCUGUCUAGUGUAAUUGCUAACCAAGACCCUAUUGCUGUAUAAAACUUAAAUAAACACAUAGAUUCACCUGUAAAACUUUAUUUUAUAUAAUAAAGUAUUCCACCUUAAAUUAAACAAUUUAUUUUAUUUUAGCAGUUCUGCAAAUAGAAAACAGGAAAACUUUUAUAAAUUAAAUAUAUGUAUGUAAAAAUGUGUUAUGUGCCAUAUGUAGCAAUUUUUUACAGUAUUUCAAAAUGAGAAAGAUAUCAAUGGUGCCUUUAUGUUAUGUUAUGUCGAGAGCAAGUUUUGUACAGUUACAGUGAUUGCUUUUCCACAGUAUUUCAGCAAAACCUUCCAUAUAUUCAGUUUUUGCUGGCUUCUCGUGCAUUGCAUUCUGAUGUUGACUGGAUGUAUGAUUUGCAAGACUUGCACCUGUCCUUCUGUUUGCUUGUAGUAACACAUGAUCAGUACGUCUUGUAAUGGCACAUCCAUCCGAAGACUCUUUAUCUUUUGUAUGAAGUUUUAUUUGCUUUCAGAAUAUGAAAUGAUUUCUGUUUACUGUCAGCCAAAGGUUUGCUUCAUUGGGCUCUGAGAUAAUAGUAGACCCAACAGCAUGCUACUAUUAAAUACAGCAGGAAACUGCAUUAAGUAAUGUUAAAUAUUAGGAAGAAAGUAAUACUGUGAUUUAAAAACAUUAUAUUAUUAAUCAGAAGAAAGCUUGCUCUUGCUAAAAGAAGCUACCACUUACUUUAGUUUAAUUUAUUUUUCUUGACAAAAAAGCAACCGUUUUAGGCAUAGCUUUAGAAAAUGGGUUCUGGCCUGCUAUUAGGUUAAAUCUAAAAUCUUAGAAGAGGACUCAGUUUUACUUUCUCUCUUGGGGGAAUGAUCCAGCAACUCAUAUAUUUGAACUACAGACCACAACUGAUGACGGUGCAAUCAUUUCUGACUUGUCUCAUCCACUGAUUCAGGAGCUACUGACUGUUUGUGUCUUCUCAACUCCAAAAGAGGCAGAUCUUGGCACUAAAAGCCGAGUGCAAACAGUUCACUCAGCAGUCUGCCUUAAACCCUUCUGGAGUUCAGUGUGCCUGUUGAACAGAGUGGCGACUUGUCAGCAUUGGAAAUUGGUUUCAUUGUCCAGUGUUUAGAAGGCACAGGUGGAGAGCAGCUGUGUGACUUGGUUGACAUUUUAAAGUUUGGUUGACUGCACCUUUCUCUCCAUUAUGUUUCUUUUGUUUUCAACAUUGCCUUGAUUAGGUCAUAAUUAUGCAUGGACAUCUUUUGUCAGGAAUGGCCAAUGUGCAUGUGAUUUGUUAUUAGCAAGAACCUUCCACAAGUGGCAACUUGCCAGGAAAUGUCAAUAGUGUUGGAAAGAUUGCACCUUUACUUACAGAAGUGACCCCCAUCUGUAGACUGACCUCUCCAUUUACAUAUAGCCUGUAUCACCCAUUUUUCCCUUUCUGAAUUUUUGCUUUAUCAUCACAAAAGCAGGACUAAGAUUGGUCUAAAUUUUGCAUGUUCUCUUGUGAUUGUAAAUCUAAUGAAGGCCUAUAGGUAUUAACAUUUGAAAUAAUUCCUAAUUCAAGGAAAAGAAGAAAAAUUAUGAUGCAGAACCCAUUUGGUGCCUGCCUGAUACCUGUCAAACCAAGGCUAGAGCUUUGCCUAGGUUCCAGGUGGCCUCCAAGGAGCCAUGGGACAAAAAAAGAAAAGAAAAGAAAAAAAAAAAAAAAACUGGAAACAGGCUGGCAGGGAUUUCAUAUAAUUAAAGAGAGUAAUUGCUUCUUCUUUGCAAGUGAACUGAAUGUUUUGCUUCACCAGAUCUUUAUUUUACAAAUCAAAGGGAAGAAAGGACAAGCAAGUAGGUUUGAGAAGAAAAAUGUAAGCUGAGCCUGAGUCAAAGUCUUUACACUCCUACUGUGUUUCCUGUUUUUUACAGUCCACUGAGAGGCUCAUCUGCAGGUCCUUGAUGUUAACUGUUAGCGUUUGGUAUCCCUAGUUUUUCGUCAUUGUUCCCAUGCCACUGUCUCCGUGCUCAACAUUGCUCUGGUUUGCUUCAUAACCUACACAGAGGAGCCCCUGUCGGUUUGUACUGAUUUCCCAACUGUGUAGAAAUGAGGCCGUCAUGGCGCGGGGAAGAAGACCAUCAGAUUGAAGAGGCUCUCUAAAUUAUUUUGACCUUGCCAUUGAAGGCCUUGACUCUUGAUUUUUCAAUAUUUCAAUAAAGAAAAUCCUGUCAUUGUUUUAAAACCCUAAA